CUACUCCACACGAGUGCGUCUGACAUUAUUAAUGUGGCCAAAAUAUUCUCUCUUUACUUUUGGCAGGAAAAGUAAAAUAAUGUGCCACUUUGCCAUUUUCAAGCUAACUUUUCCAUUUGUGCCAAAAAAAAAUUAUUUCUUUAUUUGAAUAAUUUGAUUCUUAUGACACAUUAUGGCACCUCACGUUUAUCAAGACACCUUUUUAGUUUUUCAAUGUCCAGGAAAUAAGAUUCAUGUCUGCUCAGUCGUUCAAAUAAUUGAAUCCAGCUAUGGGCUGCUUAAUUACAUUUUCAAGACAUUCAAACACACGACUAUAUACCAACAACCUUUUUCCAGUAUCAUCGCUACUGAUAGCUCCAAGCUCUAUGCUGCCUCUGAAACUGUAAGUUGAAAUCAUUGUUUUCUGCAUUUUGUUAGAAGUUAGUAAACAAUUGUAUAUCUCUUCUACCUGUAAAUGUUCCUUUUUAUCCCAUGGCAUAGAUAAGAAAAUUAAAGAACAAUUACUGUACCUUUUCUAAUUACCAUUAAUAUAUCAAACUAAUUUUGAUUUUAGAGCACUGCAAUUCUGCUGUUAAAUAUUUUUUUUAAUGUAAAUCAAUGUAUCAAGUAAUCAAUGUCAACAAAUAAUCAAAUAGAACCUAUAAAAUUAGUAUGCAACUUAGUAACUUUAUUUAUUCAUCAAUAACUAAAAUAAUGAAAAAAAUAACAAUCGGCUUAUUAAGUUACAAUGUUUUUGUUCUGAAAAAAAAUAACGUUACAACGUUUUUUAUUUGCACUAAUCACCUCCUCAAAACUUUCAGGUUGACCAGUAUAUGGUGAGGAGUUUCUCAAGUUGCAUUGAUUGUGCUGGCUGUAGAUUAUAUAUUGAUUCCGGAGCUGUUGACCAGUAUUCGCUGAGGACUUUUUCCAACUGCAUCAAUUGUGUUGGCUGUAGGUUCUAUACUGCUUCAAAAGUUGUUUUAAGACAACUAUUUGGUUUUAAAAAAAAAAUAUAAGUGCACUAGCAAUGAGCGAUAUUAGUGGUACAAGUGGUAUAAAGCCUGUUGAUAAAGGUCAACAAUGUACAAAUGUUCAAAAGAGAUGCUGUGAGAAUAUGUCUAAGUACGAAUGUAGAAACCUACGCCGUAGGUUAGCUGCUAAUGCUUUGGCGCUUGAGAAAGGAGAGAAGACUUCUCAAGCCAAAUCACAUUUUAGUGCUCCAAUUAUAUCAGGUUUAAUAUAAUAUUUCUAUGUUUUGCUUGGUUAAUCAAAUUAUAAGUCAUCAUCAAUUAAAUUUUGACUCUAUCUUUUUUUUUUCUUUUUUUUUCCCCUUUGGAAUGAUGGAUGGAUAUGUGAAUGUACAUUGACAUAAUUUACAUUGUUAUCAAUUGUGAAAAAUUCGUGAUUGGGGGUAGAUGAUUUUGAAAAUCAUCCUUUUAAAUUGUCUGCUGUUAGUGAUUGCACUUUUUGUGGUGCAAAACGAUUCCAGUACGAACCAUCGGGCUUUUGUUGUCGUGGUGGUGAAAUCAAGCUGGUUUCCAAUGCAAUGCCUUGUGUAUUGAAAAAUUUAUUCACCGGUUGUGAUGAGGCUUCAAAGAAUUUUAUGAACUGUGUUAGAACUUAUAAUAACACAUUUGCAUUUACGUCUCUUGGAAUACACAAUCAUGACAAAGAUUUGUGCAGACGUAACAAAGGAAUAUAUACGUUCAGAGUUCAGGGACAAAUGUACCAUCUAAUAGAUGAUCUUAUACCCCAUGGUCAUUCACCCCGUAAUUUGCAACUCUAUUUCUUUGACACUGAUGCAGAAGUAUAUAAUAGAGUUGGGUACACUAAUCGACUUGAUAGAAGCAUAGUUAGUGAUCUUGUUGAACUUAUGUCCCAAAAUCCAUAUGCUCAAUUUUUUAGAAGUCUCAAGGAUGUCAAAUUUGGGGAUAACUUUGUUAUAAGUUUGAACUCAACUACAUCAUUAGAUCAAAGAGUUUAUAAUUUGCCUACAACUUCACAAGUUGCUGCAAUAUGGCUAGAGAAUGAUUCAGACAAAGUCCCAAAUAAUAGAAGCAUUAAGGUGUAUGCAUGUAGUGGGCGUUCCCAUAAUGUUCAAUACUAUUAUGGUUGUUAUGACCCAUUACAAUAUCCUCUUUUGUUUCCACUUGGUGAAACUGGUUGGCAUGAAGGAAUUGAUAGGAAUGUUGCCCUUACAUAUAAUAAAGUAAGGAAACGUCAAUCAUGCAUUAUUGACCCUACAAUUGUCUCAUCUGUGGAAGAACUAAUUGCGACUGAAGAAUCAAUUAUUAGUGAGGGAAAAAAGAAAAGGUGUGUUUCUUGUAGGGAAUAUUAUGCAUACAAGUUUCAAGUGCGUUCAAAUGAUCAGUGUUUGUUAUUACAUACUGGAAGACUUUUACAACAAUUUAUUGUUGACAUUUAUAUCAAAAUUGAAAAUCAAAGACUUGAUUAUUAUAGGACACAACAAGAUCAAUCUAGAAUUGAAACAUAUCAAGGAUUAGUAGAUAGUGUUGGUGUUGGAGCAAGUACUGGUUAUGAUGUCGGUCGUAGAAUCAUAUUGCCAGUGUCUUUUAUUGGUGGACCACGUGAUAUGAGGAGGAGAUACAUGGAUGCUAUGUCACUUGUUCAACGAUUUGGAAAACCCGACCUUUUUUUAACAAUGACAUGCAAUCCAAAUUGGCUUGAGAUUAAAGAGUUGUUAUACUAUAAUGAUGAGGCACAUAAUAGACUUGAUCUUCUUGCAAGAGUUUUUCGAGCACGGGUUGAAGUAAUGAAAGAUGACAUUUUGAAAAAACAAAUUUUUGGUGAAGUUGCAGCCUAUACAUAUGUGAUUGAGUUUCAAAAGAGAGGCCUUCCUCAUGCUCAUUUUUUAUUGAUUCUACGCGGGAAACAUAAAAUUACUUCACCAGAUCAGAGUGAUAAGAUUGUGAGUGCUGAAAUACCAGAUAAAAAUGUUGAUCCUUAUUUGCAUAGUUUAGUUGCAAGGCAUAUGAUUCAUGGUCCAUGUGAGUCUUUAAAUCCUACAUUUUCUUGCAUGGUCCAAAAAAGAGAAGGGAAAAACAGGUGUUGUAAAAGUAAAUACCCUAAAUCGUUUUCUAAUGAAACAGUUUUGGGUGAUGAUUCCUACCCUAUUUAUCGUAGGAGGGAUACUUUUAAAACUGUUUUUGUUAGGGGACAUGUGUUGGAUAAUCGAUGGGUUGUUCCUUAUAACAAAUAUUUAUUGGAGAAGUUUGAUUGCCAUGUUAAUGUUGAAAUAUGUGCAGGAAUUAAAUGUGUUAAAUAUAUUUAUAAGUAUAUUUAUAAAGGACAUGAUAGAGUUAGCAUUCGGUUGUGUGGAAAUAAUGUUGUUGAGGAAUAUGAUGAAAUUAAAGAAUUUCAGAAUGCAAGAUGGGUAUCACCUCCUGAGGCAGCAUGGAGGAUUUUUAGCUUUAAUCUUGCUGAAAUGAAACCUUCUGUUGUGCAUUUGCAAGUUCAUUUACCAAACUAUCAGUAUAUCAAAUUCAAUAAACACGAGAAGUUGGUUAGCAUAGUUGAUGAAAAGAAUGGAGAACAAAAUUAUCGUUCUCGCACAAUGCUAACUCAAUUUUUCUAUAUGAACAGAGUAGAUCAACUUGCAAAACAACUUAACUUAUUAUAUCUUGAGUUUCCAGAAUUCUUUGUUUGGUCAUUGAAUGAUAAGCGUUGGCAUCAAAGGAAACAAAGAGAGGUCAUUGGAAGAGUUGUAUCAGUUAUGCCGUCAGAAGGUGAACGUUAUUAUUUAAGAUUAUUACUAAUGAAUGUCAGAGCUCCUACUUCUUUUUGUAGUUUGAAGAUAAUUAAAGGACAUACAAUGGAGACCUUUAGAGAGGCUGCUGAAAAAUUGGGACUGCUAUCCAGUGAUUGUAGCAUAGAGAGUUGUAUUGAAGAAGCUAUUUUGUGUCAAAUGCCAACAAGUUUGCGACAGUUAUUUGCUACUCUACUAAUCUUUUGUGAUUUACCUAAUCCAGUAAGGUUUUGGAAUAAAUAUAAGGAAUUCUUUUGUCAAGAUUUUAUGAACUCAACUAAGUAUACUAAGUUUGAAGCUGAACUCAAAGCACUUCAACUUGUGAAGCACUUGCUACAAAAAAAUGGUAGAAAAAUCACCGAAUUUAAAUUACCUGACCCUGAUGUUUAUCUUUCUGAUUCCCAAAGACAAUAUAAAGAAGUUGAGGUAGAAAGAAACCUAGGAAUCAAUGAAUAUGACUUGCAUUGUAUUGACAAACUAAAUGACAUGCAACGAUUGGCUUUUGAUAAAAUUAUGGUUGCUGUACAUUCAGAUUGUGGUGGAGUAUUUUUUCUUGAUGGCCCUGGUGGAACAGGAAAAACAUUUCUUUAUAGAUGUUUAUUGGCAAAGGUUCGGUCACAGGGAUUUAUUGCACUAGCUACAGCGAGUUCAGGUAUUGCCGCUUCAAUUCUACCUGGUGGUAGAACGGCUCAUUCUAGGUUUAAGAUUCCUAUUGAUGGGGAUAAUAGAUAUGUGUGUAAUAUUAGUAAACAAAGUGCAGAAGCUGAAUUACUAAGGCAUAGCAAGUUGAUAUUGUGGGAUGAAGCUUCCAUGGCCAAUCGUAAAUGUGUAGAGAGUCUUCCAUGGCCAAUCGUAAAAAAAAAGAUGUAUGAUAUUUUGCAACUUUUCAUGACAUCAAAUGUUGUGGCCUUAACUUGA